AUGCCAAAGAGGGUAAAGAACCAAUCCAGCAUCAAUGACUACUUCAAGAGGAAACAGGAUAAGGUCAGUGACCUUGGUCCAGCUAUCUCUCUUCGAACAAACGUCACUGGGUCUGCGAUCUGGGUUAUGGUAAAGAAGUUACAGAAGGAGCUCCGUGAGGAGCUACAGAGACUGAAGUCACUGGAGCAAGAAUACCGUGAUCAGUACAAUGAGAAGAAGGAAAGGUGGACUUCCACACGGAAGGUGUUGGUGGAUGAACUCGCAGCUCUUGACCAGUCAUACCAGACCGAAAUAGAGCCCGAUGAGAAAGGGUUGAGUGAUGAUGAUGCGAACUUAGAGGCUGUUGUUGCUGAACUCAAGAGCUUAGAGCAGCAGCAGCAGCAGCAGCAACAGCAAGAGCAGCAACAGACCGGGCCGGGGCCCGCCGAAACUACCCCGGAGGAGGCCGCCGCGAAGGCGCAGAGGCGGCGAGAGCUGAUGGAGGAGAUUUUUCGCCUGGAGGACGAGUAUAUAGACCAUCUCCUAAAUGUCGAGGAGAAACAGCGGCGCUGGAAUGAGCGGAGGGAGGUGCUGGUGAACGCUCUCGCGGCCGUUGACGAGUACAUCCGCCACAUGGAGGAAAAUGAGUGGGAGGACGAUACUGAAGACGCCUGA